AUCAUUUAGCUUCGCCCUUCCUCUGUUCUGGGCGGUUUUUGUGCCCGCAAAACACGCCGCGUUCCCUCUUCGUUACUUCUCGUAACUCACAUCGAGCAGUCGUGUUGGCGCCCAGAGAUCGAUGGCUACUGUAGGCGGGGACCAAGUCUGGAUGUGGAAGAAACCACUCCCUCCAAGUGAAGCCACACUCAGGAAGGUCUUUGAGAACACCAGUGACCUCUGUGGCCUCUGCGUCCGUCUCUCCAUCCCUCGUGAUAAGAGAGAUGUUGACAGUGCAGUAGAGUACUAUGUGCAGAGUACAGAUCCAAUGAAAAUCAGAAAGAUGAUAUACUGGCUGGACCGUAUUGGAGACACAAGUCUAGCGGACUCAGUGAUGGAGUAUGCAGAGCUACCAGCAGAUCCAUCCCUCAUUCCACACCUUCUCAUACCAGUCUUUACUGCCAUAUCUGGAGACUUGGGGAUGUUUACUGGCUACACUACAGUACCAGAUGCCAGGGCUGCUCUCUUCCGUAAGAACUUCAGUGAUUGUGAUCAAGUCACUGUUGAGGCUGGGAAGUACUACGCUCUCUAUCGUCCUCAUCCCAGCUGGAAAAACUUAUCCCGCAAGCUCUAUAGAGCUGGAGAAACAAAGGCUGUGGGGAUUGCCAAACCUCACGUACAGACUGUGAUUGGUAUGUAAUUGACGAGUAAAGUGAGCCUACCU